AGAGUCCCCACCCACCAGUUAUAGCCCUAUUAGGGGGGCUGGGUGAAUUUUGCCAUUCAACUGAACGGGUGGAAGCUCUUUUGCUUGUUUUAUUCAGCGAUGGCGAAUUAAUGUGUUCCUUCAUUUUUAAAAUUAAAUGCAGGUAACUACGUGGAAGCCCCCACCAUCACCCUUGUGGACCCCGGCACAUGUGGCGCUCCAGAUCUAGAGCAGCGCCCCGCCUCCUUCGCAGUCCCCGACAUGGGGUGCGGUGUUCAUGCACAGGAGAGCGGCUUUGCGUGCGUCCAGCAGCCGUUCGGGGAAUUGAUGGUGCCCACCGACUGCUAUGGUGGGAACAACAGCAGCGGUGGCUCUUACGGCUCCCAGCCCCCUCCGUCCUUCCCGACGUCCUGGAGCCACGACCUCGCCUCGGACUCCGACAACUAUGGCCAUGGGCUGGCCCCCAGCUCUUCACCAGAGUCCUUGAAGCUCUGCAGCCCAUUGGAUCACAACAGUUACUCACCACAGGAUUCCUUCUCCUCCUCUUCUGCUUCCUCCUGCUAUGACUCGCCCACAAGGAUGGAGUGCAACUUCAUUAGCCACGCCUCAGAGAACUACCACAACCAGCACUGCACUCUCCAAGACUGUUACUACCCGCCUCAGUGCUGGGCUAACCCGCAGGAGAGCUUCUGCUCUCCUGAAUACUCUCCUUACAACUGUCCCACAGACUAUGCGUACCCCUGCCUCGUGGAAGAGAAUCGUUUGAAAAGUAAUUUUGCCAUGAGCACUGAAAUGUGCUACAAUGUAUUAUGAUGAUGAGUUUAUGCUUUUCAAGCACUGAGUCGGGAUCUGCUUGUGUCAGACUAUCCUAAAGGUAGAGCAGAACGGGAUCUGCUUGUGUCUGACUAUCCUAAAGGUAGAGCAGACAUCAUGAAUGGAUAAUGGAUGGAUGAAGUUUGAGUUGUUGUUGUUGUUGUUGUUUUAAACAUAAUCAGGUAUUCUUUUUUAUUCCUCAGAUUUAUUUUCAUACCCAUGCAAUAUUGGCAUUUGUAAUAAAAUAUUAAAAUACA